AUGGCAGAACCGAACUGGUAUCGCAUCGCAGCUCUCAAAGACUUCCUCCCUCUCAGCGCGGAUCCGUCUACAGCUGCCGCCCGCGAGCAUAUCGCACAAUCACGUUCUUCCAGCAACCUAGCAGCGAUGAGGAACCGCAGCUUCGUCACGCGCAGACGAAGUAGCUUUGGCGCAGAAGAUCUACCCAAGAGACAAGGCGACGAGAACGCCGGGGACAAUCAGGAUGCUCUGCCAGACGGACAGUCGCAAGUGCUCUCAUCCUCAGCAGGGCACUGGGGAGGUGGGGAUGAGUAUGCGCUGCGACGCAAGAUCAGUAUACCAGCGUCUCUCAUCACACCAGAGAUGCGUUCGCAGCGCCUGAUUGGCAACAGCAAUCCACGGUAUAGGUGGGAGCAGUACUGGAAGACGGAGAAGCAGCUGAAGGAGAUGCCCAAGGCCAUCAGAAAGUACUAUGAGCGCAACAACUAUCUGAUCCAGAAUUACAUGUACAUCGAUCGGCUUCUGGACAGCAGCUUGCCACACAAUCUGAUCCAAGAGUACCAGCAGAUGAAUUCUGGCUAUGGUACGAACCAGCCUGAUGUUCCGCCGACCAUCACAGAGGAGACUUCUCCCGCUGCGACGGGAUCGAACACACCAGAGCUAAAUGGCAGCACGCAAAGAGUCAAACGCACUCCAAAAGACAUCUACAAGGUCCAUGACGAAGAGCUCACACCAUUACUCCCAGACCAGAAGGAUGUGGACGACGAAGAGAUCCUCGCCAUGCCACCAGAUCUAGACCUAGAAGAAGAAACAGGCUCCCAAUCCCGGGUCGUCACAGUUGCGAUCUAUCUCAAUCUUGCCGCCAACACCGUGCUGCUGAUCAUGAAGAUUGUUGUUGUCGCCCUGUCGGAUUCCGUAUCAGUUCUGGCCUCUCUGGUCGAUGCCGCGCUCGACUUUCUUUCCACCGCCAUUGUGUGGGUAACUACCCGUCUCAUCAGCCGGAACGACCAAUACUCGUACCCGAUCGGACGUCGGCGGCUGGAACCCAUCGGUGUCCUCGUCUUCUCGGUCAUCAUGAUAACCUCGUUUGUACAGGUCGGGCUUGAGGGCUUCUACAAGCUUACUGGACCCGACCACGAAAUUGUCAAGCUCACCUUGCCAGCCAUCGUGAUCAUGGCGGCGACCGUGGUCAUCAAAUUCUUGUGCUGGCUGUGGUGUCGCCUCAUAAAGAACAGCUCGGUGCAGGCGCUUGCUCAGGAUGCCCAGACUGAUGUGGUGUUCAACACCUUUUCGAUCAUCUUCCCGCUCGUCGGCUACUACGCGAAGGUGUGGUGGUUGGAUCCUCUGGGAGGCAUUCUGCUCUCGCUAUACGUUAUCCUCAACUGGGCGCAGACGUCUUCGACACAUAUUCGCAACCUCACUGGUGCUGCAGCUUCCGCAGAUGAACGCAAUAUCCUACUCUAUCUUACUAUGCGUUUCGCAAAGACCGUCCGGAAGAUCCAAGGCUUGCAAGCCUACCACAGCGGCGACAAGCUCAAUGUCGAAGUGGACAUUGUUCUCGACGAGCACACCAGUCUCCGAGACUCGCACGAUCUAGGCGAGAGCCUGCAGUAUGUGCUCGAGAGUGUGCCUAAUGUCGACCGAGCCUUUGUUCACAUGGACUACGCAGACUAUAACCUACCAUCGCAUCUGCAACAGGACUCUUAG